ACAUUGAGAUUUGGGCCUCACUUAUCGAUACGAUCAAUGCUGGUAUAAAGUUAUUCGAGGCUUAUCUUUUAUCAGUCGGUUCAAGUGUGGCGAAGCGAACGGAGCCUUUUUCCAAAAAUCAGAAAUUUUGCAAAAUUGCCAAAAUGGCGGACGACAUCGACGUGGGGAUGAAGUGCAUCAAGUAUAUGCUGUUUGUGUCCAAUUUCAUGUUUGUGAUGAUUGGGUUUUUAUUGAUAUCGAUCGGGUCGACAAUCAAAGCGAUUUAUGGAGACUUCGAGCAGUUUAUGGAAGUCCACUAUUUCAGCCCUUCGAUCCUUGCGAUUGUUAUAGGGGUUGUAAUUUUCUUCGUGGCGAUUUUCGGUUGUGUUGGGGCCAUCAAGGAAAGCACCUGUCUUAUCAACCUGUUCGGUUUCUUCCUCUCGAUUCUUCUCAUUAUGGAGAUUUCGGCGGCUAUAGCCGCCUAUGCAAUGAGGAGCCAAAUCGAAACUUCAAUCAGGCUAAAAAUGACUGAGUCGUUUUCAAACUAUGAGAAUGAUGAUUACGAUCGCAAUAUUUGGGACUUUACCCAGCAAAGGUUGUUUUGUUGCGGUAUCGACGGAGCGAGCGACUGGAGCCCCAUUUUUUCUUCAACUUCUGCAGCCCCCACAUCUUCUGCAGCCCUCACCACUGCCACCGAAAUGUGGCAAGGACCGCCUUCGUGCUGCCGCCCCCGCUACCGCUACGAUGAGCCCCACAGUUGCCCUCGUAACAAAGUUUUCAAGGACGGAUGUUUGGACGCUUUGACUUAUAUCGUCUCCGAAAGUGCCCUUUUGCUGGGCUGUGGCGCACUGGCUGUGGCCUUUAUCCAGUUGUUGGGAAUUAUUUUCGCCUGGAUGUUGGCUAAAGCCGUCCGACGUCUGAAGACGCAGAAAUUGAUCGAGAGGGAUCAGGACCGUCAAAGGGCUUACGAGCAGUUGGCUAGAGGGAAGGAGGAGAAUCCGACUCCGGUUUUGUACACUCCGACGUUUUCGGAGGCUUGAAAGGGCUACUUUUGUUGUAUAUUAUUUUUAAAAAUUGUAAGUUUGUAACUGAAGUUUGAAUAAAUUCUAUCUGGAUUUAAA